CCCGUUCCUCGCCUGCUGUUUGUGUCCUAUCAGUGGAAGAUGGCGACCAGAGUCCUUCAGACCUCUUGCUCCGGCCUAUAUCAGGCUACAAACAAGGGCCGGGCGAAAGGACACGUUACCGCUGUUAUCAGGGGUCUGUCAGCAUCUAAUAACCGGAAUCGAGAGGACAGCUGGUUUAAAUCACUGUUUGUGAGGAAGGUGGACCCCAGAAAAGACGCUCACUCCCAUCUGUUAGCCAAGAAAGAGGACAACAACUUAUAUAAAAUACAGUUUCACAACGUGAAGCCCGAGUGUCUCGAGGCCUACAACAAACUCUGUAAUGAGGUGCUGCCGUCCAUCCAUAAUGACAAGCAUUACCCGUGUGAGCUGGUGGGCACCUGGAACACCUGGUAUGGAGAGCAGGACCAAGCUGUGCACUUGUGGCGGUACAGAGGAGGAUAUCCAGCUCUGACUGAAGUCAUGAAUAAACUGAGGAAUAACAAGGAGUUCCUGGAGUACAGGAACGAGAGGGGGAAGAUGCUGCUGUCCCGCAGGAACCAGCUGCUGCUGGAAUUCAGCUUCUGGAACGAGCCGGUACCCAGAGACGGACCCAACAUCUAUGAGCUCCGCUCCUACCAGCUGAGACCCGGGACCAUGAUUGAAUGGGGCAACUAUUGGGCGAGAGCCAUCAACUACCGGCAGCACAACCGUGAGGCGGUCGGCGGCUUCUUCUCUCAGAUAGGAGACCUCUAUAUGGUCCAUCAUCUCUGGGCGUAUAAGGAUCUUCAGUCUAGAGAGGACACGAGGAACGCCGCCUGGCAGCACGAGGGCUGGGAUGAAGUUGUUUAUUACACCGUGCCGCUCAUUCAGCACAUGGAGUCCAGGAUAAUGAUCCCGCUGCAAGCGUCUCCACUCCAGUAACGCAUCCAGUUGCAAUCAUCACCGUUAUGUCCCCAUGAGCUCCAGACCAGACCGAGACAUCAGACACUUCCACUGCCGGGAUUAACUCAUGAGGCCAACCGACAUCACAUACAUCACAUUUGUUCUGUCCAUUAAAAUUUGCACCAGCAAACCAAAUUGAAUUCGUAGGAAUGAAGGCUGUUACUGUAAGUUGAGAAAAUCUGUAUUGCUGGUUACGUGAAUGUGUUUCUUGCUAAGCUAGAAAAAACACAGCCGUGGAUCUGUUAAAUUAAGUUUUGUUGGAAUAUUAAAAGGCUUUGUCAGAAGGGCUGUAAAGUGCAUAAGUGUAGAGUAUGAACCCUUUGCAGUUUGGUGGGCAGUGAAUCUUUGAUUCGUCGUAUUUCAACAUAAACAGCAUGCCUUCGUUAGCGCAGACUUGUAUGAACUGAUUGUUGUCAGGAAAACAAACGUUUACUGAUCAGCCUGCUGAGAAAGCACUGUAAAUGUGCUCGAAUGCUGCAGUCUACUCAUGUAUUUAUUGCAUAUUUAUAAGCUGUAAAUAUGAGCCCCCACAUAAAGAUGAUUUAAUGCUAAGUGACAAUGACAAAUACAACAGAGUCCUAUCAAAUAUAAAUGCUCCAUUUGUUUGUUACCAAAGUAGCCUGAAAUUGCCCUCAUUUAAACAAAUCUGUAAAACUGGAGCUGGACAAGCCUCACUGGGGACAGGUUGUGUGCAAAAUUAAAACUUUUUUUAGAAGUUGUUUUUAUUUAGUUGCUGUAUUUUUGUUCUGUUUCUACAUAGACAUGCUUUCCAAUGCCUUUUUUGUGUUGUGAAAUGUCUGCAGUUUCUGGAUGAAGCUGCUCUGAUCGGUAACUCGCUGACAGACUGACUUAGUUUUGUGUGUGAUCGCGGCAUGCUCAGUCUACUGUACACUGAUCCCGUGGGGAUUUAACAGCACAAGAUGUUUCAAAUCAAACCAAUACUGUCAUCAAUAAAUCAUAAAUGAUCAUUCUA